AUGGAUGCCACCACGUCAGUGCGGUGGGAGCCCACAGGGAGAACCUCAGAGCCCAGCACUCUGCGGGGAACCCUCGGCAGCCUGAACAAGACUGGGGACCACAGCAGCAGCAUCUUUUCUGGGUUUGCGGCUCUCCUUGCCAUCCUCCUGGUUGCGGCAGUUUUCUGCGUCCUGUGGAACUGCGGUAAACGGAAGAAGCGGCAAGUUCCCUACCUCCGAGUUACCAUCACGCCCUUGUUGACUCUGCCUCGACCCAGACAGCGAGCCAAAAAUAUUUAUGACCUCUUGCCCCGAAGACAAGAAGAGCUGGGAAGACAUCCCUCAAGGAGCAUCCGUAUUGUCAGCACCGAAAGCCUCCUCUCCAGGAAUUCUGACAGCCCUCCAUCUGAGCACGUGCCCUCCCAAGCAGGCGACGCCCUCCACAUGCACAGAGCCCGUACUCACGCCGUGGGGUAUGCAGUGGGCAUCUAUGACAAUGCCACGUGGCCCCAGACGUGUGGAAACCUUGCUCCCUCGCCUCACUAUGUCAAUGUCAGAGCUUCAAGAGGUUCCCCGAGCACUUCUUCAGAGGAUUCGAGAGACUAUGUCAAUAUCCCCACAGCCAAGGAGCUUGCUGAGACUUUGGCUUCUGACAGUAACCCUCCUGGGAACCUCUUCAUCCUCCCAAGCACCAAGGAGCUGGCACUGUCUGAAGAAAUAGAUGAGGGUUGUGGGAACGCCAGUGACUGCACCAGUUUGGGGUCUCCAGGAACCGAUAACAGUGACCCACUCAGCGAUGGGGAAGGGUCUUCUCAGACCUCGAAUGACUAUGUCAACGUGGCAGAGUUGGACCUCGGGACCCCCCGAGGGAAGCAGCUCCGGGGGACGUUUCAGUGCCGCAGGGAUUAUGAAAAUGUACCACCAGGUCCCAGUAGCAGCAAGCAGCAGGAGGAGGAAGUGACAUCCUCAAACACACACCAUGUAGAGGGCAGGACAGACGGUCCAGAGACCCACAUCCUACCUGCCGUGCAGUCAGGGAGCUUCCUGGCUUCAAAGGAUUACGUGGCCUGUCAGUCGUCUGCCCACAGUGAGACCGGGCCGUGGAAACAUGCAGAAGAGACAUCAAGUGAGGACUCUCAUGACUAUGAGAAUGUGUGA